UUAGGAUUUGAGUAUGAAACAAUUCUAAUACUCUUAGUUGUAUAAUUAAAUUAUUUAAAAAAAAAUUUUAUUUAAAUAUUUUAUUUGAAUAUUUGACUCAUUCCAUACGUUUUUAAAUUAAAUCCCAAUAAGAAAAUAUGAUAUACAAAUGAAUGAAAUCUAUAGACAUCAUUGAAAUAGAUAGUACUCUAUAGAUAUAUCAUAUCUGUUAAAUUUUGUUUGUUUUCUUCUAACCUCCAAAAUGUAUAAAAACAAUAAGUAGUGUUAUAUAUUUGUAAAUACCAGAAUCAUGAAGUUAAUAACACAAUUUGCAUUUACCACUUUUUAUAAUAUUAUAUUUCUAAUUAAUUAAUAGUUAUGAAAUAGUAGCUAGAAAUGUGUGAAUAGGUAUCAGCAGACUUGUAAAUACAGUAAUGGCAUUUUCAUUUCGUAUUGGCACCAAAUGGUGUCAUGAUUUUCCAAAAUUAGCAAAAGAAUCUGGAUUCUAUUUCAAUAUGCAUAGAUCCAGAACACGUGUAGAUUGGAAUCGUAUAAGUAACAUAGAUAUAGAUCAAAUUAUAAGAGAAAGAGAUUUCCAUUCCAUUGAUGAUAAUAUAAAUAAUGUAAUAGAUUAUUGUUUAGAAAGUGAAUACGAUGUUAAAAUCUUAGAUCCCAACUUUGUGAAACUCUUUUGUCUUGCACAGUUAGCAGUUGAAUAUUUAUUAUAUUGUAAACAAUAUUUAGAUCAUAGUGUAAUUAUACUAAAAGAUGAACUAAGAUCAAAAAUUGAAGAAAAUGUUAAAUUGAAAAAAGAAAUAACUGCUUUAGAAGAAGUAGUGAAACAUAUGAAAGAGAAAAUAAGGGAAAAAAGUAAAUUAAUAGAAACUAAAAUUGGAGAUACUAAUGGCGAAAUUUACAAAUGUCCACAUUGUCCAAAAUCUUUUAUAUCUCCUAUGUUUGUAAGUGCACAUAUUAUACGUCGUCAUACUUAUGCAUCAGAGUUAUACAUGCCUGCUUCUCCCAUACAUGAGCACUAUCGCAGUGAAACUGAGAAGUUGCAUAAUGAAAUAAAGAAUUUAAAAGAAAGAUUAAAUGAAACAGAAAAGGUGAUAAGGAAUGAGUCUGAAAGGAUUCCAGAGAAAAAAAUAUUAAGUUAUAAUAGAAGGCAAGCUGAGAGUGAAAAUGAAAAUUUUAGAUACGAUAGUAACAAAUCUAAAGAACAUUCAGAGUAUAAAGAAUAUCAAGAAGAAAUAAAAAAUUUGAAGACCAUGCUUUUUGAUGAAAUACAUAAUUUAAGGCAAAAGGAAAAAACCAUGCAUGAACACACAUCUGAAACAAAUAUCCAAACAUUAAUAAAUCAGCAAGAGAAAGAAUUUCAAAAGCUAAAGAAUCAAUUACUUGACAAGCUUACUCCAGACAUAGAGAGCAUGCAUACAAAAUUACAAGCUCAGGAAAAUUAUUGGAAAUCAAAAAUAGAACAUUUGGAGGAUCAACAUCAAAAAGAUGUUGAGAGGCUUAUCACAGAAUUAAAAUUAACACAAAGUUCAGCUGAUGAUAUGAAAGCCAAGUAUGAAGCAAAAGUUAAUGAUUUAGAAUGCCAAACUGCGAAUCAGUUGGAUAUCUUAUUGGAACAAAGCAAACAGUUACAAUCUCUAUCACAGGAAAUAAAUGUUUCACAAUUGAAUGAAAAAAAUAAAGAUUUUGAAAAUAAUUCACUGAGAAGACGUAGUCCACCUAUAAUAUUAGACAAACUUAAUGAAAUUUUAAAAGCAUCAGAUGAAACUAAUUCAAAACAAAAUGGCACAAAUACAAAAACUGAGCAAAUUACUGUUGGAAAUAGUGUGAUAGACACUACAAUAAGUUCAAGUUUAUCAAGUAAAGUGCUUCCAUUAACAGUAGAAAAUACUCAUUUAAAGAAAGUUUCGAAUUCCAGAAACAAAUCCACUAUGCAUGAAAAUAAAAGAAAUAUUAAGCAAAAAGAUAUAAAAAAUACAAAUAAUACAAUAUUUGAUCCUGUGAAAACUAUUGAGAAGGAUUUAGAGUAUUACAGUUCAAGUAAUAUUUCAGACACAGAAAUUUCAGUGCCUGAAAAAGGAAAUAAUUAUGAACACACAAAAUAUAAUCGCAUAAUUAUAAAAAGUGAUGAACCUGACACAAGUAAGGUGCAGGAUAUUUGUAAUAAAAGCAUAUCUAAUGAGUUUUUAUCUAACAUUAAAAAUACGAAAACAUCAGAAUCCUUAGAGGACAAUAUAUCAUUUGCAUCAAAUUCAGAAUCAUUUGUUUCUGACUCAAGCACAGAAAGUGUUACUGCAAUUCACAAUAACUCCCCAUUUCAUGAACAUAAAACACAUUUACCUAAAAAAAUAAUAGGACAUAGUUCAUUUUAUAAAAGAUUACAAACUAGUUUAAUGGAAACUUUUGAACAGAAAUUAAGAGAUUUAGGAGUAGAUCCGGAAUGGCAAGGAAUACCAAAAGCAACAUUCAAACAGAAAAUGGACAUUUUAAAGCAUCAUCAUAAAUUAACUGCAAAAAAAACUCCAAAAUAUCAUCAGAUUAAAUUAAGAAUAAUUGAAGAAGUUCUUAAUAAAAUAUCUAAGAAGAAAAAGGUUACUGAAAAUGUGAAACAAUUUAAAAACUCACCUCUACAUAAACCAAUAAUCACUGUCAAAUCAAUGGUUGCGAAAGACCUUAAUCAUCAACAUGAUCCUGGGGAAGCAACAACAUCAAAUAAAUUUCAUUCUAUACCAGAAGAUAAGGAUUUUGCUAGAAAUAUACUCAAAAAUGAAUCAAUGCCUACAAAAGCUACAAAAAUUGCAAAUUACAAAAGUAUAGAAAAAUUAUUACCAUUUUCUCCCAAUUCAAAAUCUUCGGAAAAUAUACAACAUACAACAAAUUCUCAAGAGAUUUUAAUAAGAGGAGAUUCUUUCAACAAAAUGAAAUCUUUAUUUACUCUUGAAACUCUUAAGAUAAUACCAAAUGAUAAAGAUUUAGCUAAUAACAAAUCUAUUGAAAACAGUAGUAUAGAUAAUUCAAAUAUGCAACAGGAUUUACAAAGUAUUUUCAUAUCUCCAAAACAUAAUAAAAGUGUUCUAAAAUCUACAACUGGAUCAGCAAGUAGUUUGACAAAAAAAAAAGUUAUUUUUGAUUUAACUAAUAAUGAAAGUAUAAAAUCAUCUUCCGAUGAUGUUACGGACAAAGAAGAGUUAAAUGAGAGUAAUUGGAAUUCUUCGAGUAUGUUUGACAAGCAAAAACAUUUGUCUCAAUCAGAAGAUUAUAAAGGUUCAAGUAAUAUUGUAUUAAGGACUGCACAAAGUGAUAAAAUUGCGGAAAUAUCAAAAAAGCUUGAAGCACAGCUAAAUAUGGUAAGACAAAAGCCUGUAGGAUCGGUUGAAACAAUAUUUUCUUCAACUUACAUGCAAAAUAAAGAGAAUCAAAUUAAGAGCAAUGAACAAAUAAAUUCUACUAGUAUAAGUUCUCUUUUAGUAAAUCCAUUCCAAGCAUCUGUAACAAAUUCUAAAGAAACGAAUGAUUUGCUACCACAACCAGCACCGCGUAAUUUAAGAGAUAAAACGCCUAAUACCUUACAUGCAGAAUCUAUAUCAGAAAUAUCAGAUUUAGAUUCUGAUAUAGAUCAAAUUUUAAAAUUAGAAUAAUUUUAAAUUAAAAUUUAUAUAAUUAAAUAUAUAAAUAUACUUUCUUUUUAACAAAAAAAAAUAUUUGAAAAAUAUGAUAUAUGUAAUAACUUAUUGUUUAUUUAUUAUAAUCUAAUCUAUUAGACCAGAAAGACAAUC